GGGAAAUACCAGGGGGGCAGGUGUAAAAUACCCAGACACACACUCACUGUUUAUUAGGCCUGUGGGAACUGGUGGUGCCGGGGCCUAUUAUGAUUCCUAGAGAUGAGCUGCUCCAAUGGAGUCGGGAAGUCUUCGUUGGUGCAUCUGCUGUGUCAGAAUCAGGUUUUGGGGAACCCCUCGUGGACAGUUGGCUGCUCAGUGGAUGUGCGGCUCCACGAGUACAGGGAAGGGACUCCAGAGGAGAAAACCUAUUACACUGAGCUGUGGGACGUGGGUGGGUCCGUUGGCAGUGCCAGCAGUGUGAAGAGCACCAGGGCUGUGUUUUAUAAUGCAGUAAAUGGGAUCAUCCUUGUUCAUGACUUGACAAAUAAGAAAUCAUCUCAGAACCUUUAUCGCUGGUCAUUAGAAGCCCUGAACCGAGAUCUGCAGCCAAUGGGAGUGCUAGUCACUAAUGGGGACUACGACAGAGAGCAAUUUGCUGAUAAUCAGAUCCCAUUGUUGGUCAUUGGAACCAAACUGGACCAAAUUCCAGAGGCGAAGCGCAAUGAGGUCCUGACACGAACUGCCUUUCUAGCUGAGGAUUUUAAUGCUGAAGAGAUUAAUCUUGACUGUACCAACACACGAUGCCUGGCUGCUGGGUCUUCCAAUGCUGUCAAACUCAGCAGGUUUUUUGACAAGGUUAUUGAGAAAAGAUACCCACGGGAAGGAAAUCUGAUCCCUGGUUUCUCCGAUCGGAAACGCUUUGGAGGGGGGAACUUUAAGAGUCUCCACUAUGACUGAGAAGGGAUUCAUCUUGGUUGGACUGUGAGAAACUGGAACCUGGAGAUAUUAUUUUAUGAGGGCCUUGUUAGAAUGAGGAGCUAGGAUCUUUCAUCUCUUUCAUGUAGGGGGCCCCACUGAUAAACAACAUGCUUCAACCCCCAUGCUUUUGCCAUUGGUUGGUCCCAGGGUUCAUGGAGGAACUUUCCAGCUGCAGGGGAGUCCAGCGGGAGCAAGGAACUGUCAGUUCUGACUGUGUAUGAAUGGAAUCAUUUCAUGUCCUAAUGUCUUUUAAAUAAAACCAAUUCUUCGAAUCUA